AUGCCGAGAUUCGAUGUCUCGCAGACCUUGUCAUCUCAAUCCGAGCAGGCACAGUCUGAUAUCAGCUGUCCUGAUGCUAUGCUUGUCAGGAAGAUAUUGGAAGCAAUGGUUCAACUAAAAGCCAAGGAUGAUGCAGGUGAUUUUUGCUUUCAACAUCCACAGUCUAGUAUUCAGGGGCCACGACUUGAAUUCAAUAUCACGGACUCAAGUUGGGAACUCUUCAACCAAUUCUUGAAUUUCGACACUCGCAGCAGAGAACUACUUCCGCUAGAUAACCCCCCAACUGAACUGGCUAGCUUCUAUUCCCAACGUGAAAGCAUCCAUCAGUGGUUUCAUGGAAAUUGUGAUUUGGAAUUCGAUCUCGACCGCAACUGGCUUCGAAUCCGGCUCGAAAUCUUUUCCCCUUUUCACUCCAAGCUCGAAGUCUCGAUAACCGAUUAUCUCUACAAAGAGCUGAAGCAUGUUCACGAUACGCUUGCGGGGGACUAUAUCGUAGAGACCGACUAUGGGAUUGAUGCCUGGACUGGAAGAUCUAUGACCUACGUUGAUAAUUGCAUAUAUUGUUAUGCUAAGGGUAGUAACGAUGAUGAACGGGUAUUCCCUUGCAUAGCAGUUGAGAUUGGAUUGCCUUACCUAGAGGCAAAGGAGAGAGCUCAGAGGUUGAUGCGGCUUGGGAGGGGUAGUACUCGGUGUGUCGUGUGUUUGAAUACAGAGUGCAGGUGGCAGAAGUACAAGAUCGACAACGCUCCUCGCCCACCGUCACGAGUUCCACUACAAAUCUGGUUUGGAGUGCAGGAGAAUGAACGGGGCCAAUGGAUGGCAGUGUUGGUGGCAGACCAACCAGACCUCCGUGCCAAAGUUCGCAGCGCACCAAAUGCACGGUUCGUUUUCGAUCCAAAGGACUUGGAUGGACCGUCUCAAGAUGACACGGAGCAUGAAAAGGGGCCAAAAGUUGAGAUCUCAUACAGACGACUGUUGGAAAUCGUUGACGAGACUUGGAAGGAAUGCUUGGAUGACAUGGAAAAGAACGAUUAUGGGAACAAGGGAAAUACUGGACCGAACUCGCAGGCAAACACAUGUAAGAAGAGAGGGCCAUCUAAAGGAGAACUGCUAGAUGUUAUCAAGCGGAGGAAGUUUGAGAUUGAGUAG